AACCAGUAUUUUGAAUCAUUUUGAGAGAACUUUUGGGUGUAGAGAAAUGAUUUGCACAGUUUUACAAAGCUUGCGUCUUUUAGUGACACCAACAAGUCAUUUUAGCGUCCUUUUUAUAAUAAUUGUAGGCAUACAUUCCUCUGCAUUGACGCAAGCUUUAGAGGCCGAAAAGGUUGAGUAUCUACAGUAAGUUAAUAACCCUUACCCUUGACCACUGAGGUUGUGUACUUGAAGGCAGCUUAGCCUUGCAAUUAUUUGCCUGUGGCGUAAAGUCAUGUACCAUUGCCACAGCAGGGCCCUGCCCGAAUUCGAUCCUCCAACCAUGAAGUUGACUGCCAUUGAAUAACUGAAUUGUUCCCUAGAACCACAUUUAUCAACUAGCCACUCAGAUGUCAGUCACAUGAUAUGCCAAAUCAAAGCCUAGAUAGUUCAUUCUACUUACAAGUAAUUUUAGAAUUUUUGUGGUCAAUAAUUUGUAAUAUCCUGCAUAUUUGCCUCUCUUUUUUUUUCUGGGAAAUCUUCUCUAACCUGAAAGGGUUACUUCUCAUAAAAGACAACUUUUAAUUUCGUUUUUGAACUAUAGUUAAGACGUCAGUUCUGAGAUUCAACAUGCUCUUGUUACUACAUAAAAUGUACCACUGGUACCGUAUUUACACGUAAGUGUAUGUGGUAAUCAGUCAUGCAAGUAGACACAAUGGUGUUUAUUUAUUUGAUUAGGGGAGUUGGCCAUGGCCGACUCAUUAAAAUGCGAUUAUAUUUGUACAUCACUCAGUAGUCAGUAAUUUGCCAAAAGUCGAUGGUUUUAACCGGCAGCACUCUGGCUUCCUAAACCUACGUGUAUAAAACUGACAAGCAUAUCAUAUAAGCUAUGACAGGUUUUUGUGUGUGACAAUAAAUACUAAUUAAAUUAAUAAAUACAUAAAUAAAUACAUAGUACAUGCAGUGUACUUGUAAUUUAGAAAUGUGAUUUAGUGUGUAUUUCUUUUUUAUACACCAGUCAUUUAUAGACAGGGCAUAUUUUGUUACAGCAAUUUUGUGGUAAUCGGUUUGCCAUCAUCCCGCUACAUAUAUUACCUAAUUAGAUAAGAGUUCGUUUCUGGACUAGAACUGCAGGUGUUUCCCAGGUGCAGUUUUAAUUUUUGGUGGAUACAUGAAUACACAUGUGAUGAUAUGUUGCGACUCACAUUUGUCUUUUUUCUGCAGUUGCCAUGGUAACCAGAUCGCCCUUUUCUGAUAUCUGCUAUAUAGACUGACGUGAAGUUUGUGUCCAGGCUACAACUCCAAUUGUUUUUCAGGUUUGAUAUUUGGAGCAUGCAUAGUUACAGAUGUGAUGAUGUUAAGCGCCUCACAUUCGUCCAUGGUUAUAUGCCCGCCGCCAUUUAUUGCGUACUAAUUUUUUCUAUCUGUUCGUCUGUAUUUGUGUCUGGGCUAUAUCACUUAUUGUUUUCCAGAUGCAGUUUUUUUUUUUUGACAUAGAUACAAAUGUGAUGAUGUUUCUUGUAAACUUUUCAGGUUACUAUUUAAUACUAAACCUACAUGUAUCAUCAGUACCCAUGAAGUACUUCUUAGUUUAUACUCACCACUGUGCUACGCUGGAAUUGGUUUAUUCAUUUGAACAAAUCUGUUUGAACUCUUGUUACCACAGGUCCGGGUGAGGUCACUGAAUUUCAAAUAGAGCCCUUAAAGACAAGCAUGAAGUUGAAGUGGUCUCCCCCUGACUGCCAGAAACUCACCAGUUUCCCGUCCUCAUACACAGUCAGUUACGGGGCGGCCGACACCACAACUGAGAACUCCUCUGCACAGUGUGACUCAGUUGCCGCUAUGUUACAAACAGAAAACGUAUGUCUUGAUUUUCCAUCUGGAACUGUAUGCAAGACAAGUCUAGAAUCUCUCAAGUCAGGCCAGAUGUACUUUGUGUGUGUUCAUGGAAUAUCGGACGACAAAUCCGGCAAGUGGGUCUUUCGCCGUGCACACACUCCAGAUAAUACUAACUUGGGACUGAUUGUUGGCCUUUGUAUUGGUGGAACGGUUUUGAUCGGCAUUAUCAUUAUCUGUUGCAGACUGUUCUGGUUAAGUCAGAACAAAAAGAACGAUUUUACGUAUCCUGAAGCAUUUCGGCCAUUGCCAGAUCUAGAGAGUUCUUAUUAUGCUGAAAUAAAUGGCUAUCACACCGUGUCCACCGAGAUUUGUAAUGGUGAGAGCCCCAUACAUACGGGUUAUGGCAAUAUCCCAAACGGUGUGGCUCAUCACUCAACAAAUGGUGGCUUUAACAUACUGUCAGUAGAGUGUCCUGACUCCCCAGGCCCAGGGUCCUCAGGUCCGGGCUCCACAGCGCCAGGAUCGACAGAGUCGGGAUCCCCAGUGCCACUCCUCUUUCCUCACCAGUUACCUCAGGGGGACUUACAAGAGCAGAUCUCAGAUGCUUCCAGCAACCCAAACGUAUCAAGCCAAGACUUAACAAGGAAUAACUUACCUGAUCGUGUCUCCCCUGAAGUUGGAGAUUCGCCAGGGUCUGACCUGUCAGAAGACAAUGUCUUACCUGGCCCUGCAGACUCCUGCUCGGCGGGAGAUACGCAGCUGCAAACACCUGGUGAGCACAGUCAGGACAGGGGUGAAACAGAAGAGCCUUCAUAUGAUACAGACGAGGAGUAUGAUGAUACAGAUUGGACAGAUGAAAGCGACCAGUACAAGAAGCCGAAGAUGGCUCAAACUGAGGAUUUUGAUGUAUUCCAAGACUCAUCGUCUUCGUUGCAAGGCAAAGAGAUGUCUGGGUCCACAACUGAAUUGUUAACGAAGCACAGAGCAGCAGAAGAAGGGAAAGAUUUAGUUGGGAAGGAUAAUUUUGGAGGACCAGCAAGUCGGUCUAAUAGCAUGACCUCUUACGCUCGCCUGAGCAGUGUUAGACAAGGCACUAGUACAUCAGACUCCUCUUCUGAUCAUACAGUACCAUUCCCAACCAAGACACGUGUAACCGAGGAGGAACUGGUCAAACAAAAGGCCUUAGAGAGGCACAGGGCAGGGGUAGAGGAGACAGAGACCAGAACUGAGCAGACUAGUGUGUGAUAUUUUAUGAUCUCCCCAGUAAUGGAUUAGUUCAGGAUUAUGUAAUAUGUGUUGACACCAUACAACCGAUGGUUUUUCAAAAGCCAAAUCCAAACUGUAGGCAUCUAAACAAAGUUUAAGAUCAUGCACUUCAAGGGACAGAUUGCGAUUGCCUGUAAAACAGGUUGCGAUUGCCUAUGGAGCAGGUUGUGAUUGUGGAGUAUGUUGCCAUUGUUCGCGGAGCAGGUUGCCAUUGUUUGUGGAGCAGGUUGAUAUUGUCAGCAGAGCAGGUUGAAGGUGUCCACGGAUCAGGUUAAGGUUGUUCACGGAGCAGUUUGCGAUCAAAUUUGAGAUCAGGCCAUUGCAUGGGCAAUGAGGACUCAGUCCAAGCACAGGAUUUUGACCAGCAAAGGAUUUGUGCCCAAGAUUUAUGAAGCAUCAUUUUAUGCCCAUGGAUAUGACUAGCUAAAGGCCUAUUUAGGCCAAAGGCUUUGGAUUAACAGUGCAUGAAUUCAAGAACACAGCAAGGUCAUUAAGGAAUCAGGCUGGACUCGGCGACGACUCUUGACCGGAGAUCAGGGCAUGAGUCAGAUCAGGUUGUAAGUCAUGGGUCAAACAAGUCAGAUCAUUUCUUAUUACAUACACACAUGAAUUUAUAUUGCACGAAUCAAAAGACACCUUUGGAGGCUUGUU